GCAUCCCGCAACAAGAUGACCAUCAACACCAUGGCUAAAGGAGGCUGGCACCGGGAUCAAAUGUCAUGCUUUCGAAAGAUGGAGAAAGUGAUUGUGGCCAUGCAGGACCCUGACAUGGGCAUGAAGAUGAGAAACCAGAGGCUCCUUAUCACCGUCAUUCCACACGCUAUGACAGGCCGUGAUAUUAUUGACUGGUUGAUGAAGAAAUAUAAUAUCUGUGAGGAGGAGUCGCUGCACAUCAGUGGCCUGCUGGUGAGGUACGGGUACAUUUACCCCCUCAAGGAGCCCCGAUCUCUGGUGUUACGGCCCGACGAGUCGCCCUACCGCUUCCAGACUCCUUACUUCUGGACCAGUACCCGCUGGCCUGCAUCAGAGCUAGACUAUGCCAUCUAUUUGGCUAAAAAGAACAUAAGAAAACAAGGAGAAUUGAUGGAAUAUGAAAAGGAGAGGUACAGUGUGUUACACAAGAGGAUCAACCACACCUGGGACUUUGUGGUGAUGCAAGCAAGAGAGCAACUCAGAGCAUCCAAACAGAGGAGGAAGGCAGACCGCAUUGUUCUAGAAUGUCAGGAGCAGGCCUACUGGCUCAUCAACAGACCCCCGCCCGGGGCACGUAGUGUGUUGGACAUGGGUCUGGAGAGACCAAAUAACACCGCACGAGUUACACUGAACAGUGAGCACUACAAAAAUGAGAUUGACACCUGUAAAAGGGCACUUGGAAGAAACCGUGUAAAGUCAUCCAUCUGCCUGGAAGGUUUUGUGAAAUACAGCGAGCAGUACCAGAACCACGACCCCAUUAUGCAAGGGUGCCUUCCAAGCAACCCCUGGAUCUCUGAUGACUCCGCUCAUUGGACAAUGAAUUUAGAAAUGGUACCUACACCGACACGUCUCCGAGUGGAGCGUUGGAGCUUCAGCUUCAUGGAGCUUCUCAAUGACGAGAUGGGGAGGCGGGAGUUCAUGACCUACCUGGAGAAAGAGUUUAGUGGGGAGAACCUGGGUUUCUGGCAGGCCUGUGAGGAUAUUAAGCAUGGAGAAAGUUCAAGGAUCGUCGAGAAAGUGGAAGAAAUCUACAGAAACUUCCUGGCUCCGGGAGCUCCCAGAUGGGUCAACAUCGACAGUAAAACAAUGGAUAAAACUCUAUCGGGGAUCAGACACCCACAUCGUUUUGUCAUGGAAGAUGCACAAAUGCACAUCUACUUUCUCAUCAAGAAGGACUCUUAUCCAAGAUAUCUGAAGUCUGACCUAUACAAAAACAUGCUGGCCAAAGGUAUUGUCCCCCAGGAGACAAAGAAAAGUGUGUUCCCCUUCAUGAGACGCCAGCGCCACUCGAGCCCCUCCCCUGCUCAGGUUGCCACCCAGGCGACAGAGGAAGGCGGGAAUGCCAAGGGGGCCGGGCAAGCAGGUACCAACUCUGCAGCUGGCUCCAAUGUCUGAUGCUGGGCAAAAAAAAAAAACAGUCCUCCUUUGCUUUCUUUUCUAGUCAAACUGUCUGCGUGCAAGCCAGAGCUUCACUUCUACUGCAACAUUACAAAAGCUAGGAUAUCAACCUUUAAGCUUCCUCUCUGAGCACAGGUGUUAAUGCAUACCUCAGCGGCGCCACAUCUUAUUCCCAGAGCAGUGAACCGCAAAGGAAAAAUAGCUUUUACAGCUGCUUAGCCAUCCUUUAUCUAAUAUCAGUCCAAAAGGUCUUUCCUGUUGUUUUUGAUAUUGACUCCUUAAAACAAGUCUUCCUUUUUCGCUCAAUAGCUUUCAUAUAGAAACUUCUCUGUAUCUCAUAAGCAGGUUUAGGCAGAACGAUUGUUCAAAAAGCAAUAGAAAUGUAAAAUAUGUAUUUAUUGAAAACGUUGUCUCAGCAUGUGUGUGAUUAUCGUGCAGUUUGCUUGUCUUCAUCAUUCCAUGCCGGAGCUUCACAUUGCAAUGGUUGUUGCUG